GUCUUCUCGUUGCAGGACAAUCCUCCAUAUGAUAAGGGAGCCUUCAGAAUCGAAAUCAACUUUCCAGCAGAGUAUCCAUUCAAACCUCCUAAGAUUACAUUUAAAACAAAGAUCUAUCACCCUAAUAUCGAUGAAAAGGGGCAGGUUUGUCUGCCAGUAAUUAGUGCUGAAAACUGGAAGCCAGCAACCAAAACUGACCAAGUAAUCCAGUCCCUCAUAGCACUGGUGAAUGACCCACAGCCCGAGCACCCCCUUCGGGCUGACCUAGCUGAAGAAUACUCUAAGGACCGUAAAAAAUUCUGUAAGAACGCUGAAGAGUUUACAAAGAAAUAUGGUGAAAAGCGACCAGUGGACUAAAAUCUGACAUGAUUGAUGUCAGCAACGUGUGUUAGAAGAUCUGGAGCAGUGCAUUUCAGACACACCACAAAGCAGGACUCUAUGGAAAAUUGACAAGUGCCACCUUUUGGUGUUUACUGGUGGCUGUUACUAACUUUCUACAGUUUUCUUAAUCAAAAGUGGUCUAGGUAACCUGUAAAGAAAGGAUUAAACAUUUAAGAUGUUCUAGUUCUGCUUUCUUUGUUUAAAAAUCACUGCUUCAGUAUACUUUAAAGGAUGCUGUUUCUUUUUCUUGUCAGAAUUUAUCAAAAAUAUCUUAGACUUAUAUUCUGCCCUUAAAAUUCAAAAGGUUGUGGCUGUUAUUUCUUCUUUUCCCUUGCAGUUCCCACUAUCGUGCGUUCAUUUAAUUUUUCAUUUAAUUUUCUUCCCCCAAACUGAUGUCUUAGAAAAAUAUAUUCCUGUCCUGACAAAAAAUGGUUGAAUGUUUGGCAGUUCUGUUUACUUUUCUCUUUAAAUGUUGCACUGUGCUUUGUGGAACUUAGGUUGCAAGUUCCCCUUAACUUCAGUUUGUAACAUCAUAAACAAAAACAAACCCCCACAAAAACAAUCAGAAACAAAGCCUAGGUCUUAUGUAAAUUUGGCUGAUGUUACCACAAUAAUGUUUAUUAAAUGGGGAAACCCAAA